AUGAUGUGUUUCCUAGAUGUUGUUGAAACAACUUUGAAACAACACUUGAAAGAUGUUGCCAAAGACGUUGUUGACGCAUCAGUGAAUAACCUAAGAGUAAACACAGCAUUGUGUAUUGCUAACAUUAAAGAUUUUCUGGACACAUGCAAGCAAGAGCUCGCAAAACAGGCAGAUAUACACAAACAAGACAUCGAUGAACACGUCGACAGUCAAAAGCAAGACAUGGAUAAACACGCCGACAGACAUAAACUGGGCAUUGAUGAACACAUCGAUAGACACAAACAGGGAAUGGAUGAACACGCCGAAAGACAUAAACAGGGCAUGGAUAAACAUGCGGGUAGACACAAACAGGACACGGAUGAAUACGCUGAGAGACUAAAACAGCGCAUGCAUAAACACGCUGGUAGACACAAACAGGGCAUCGAUGAACACGCGAAUAGACACAAACAGGGCAUGGAUGAACACGCUGACAGACACAAACAGGGCAUAGAUGAACACGCCAGUAGACACAAACAGGGCUUAUAUGAACAAGCAGAAAAAUGCAUUAAAGAUAUCCAACAACAGUUUGAAAAUACUACUUUCACGGAAACAACCUACAAACAGUCAUGUAAAGAAAUGCUUGGAGCUUUGAAGACGUAUUACAGGAAACGUUUCUGUCAUGUAAAUAUUUUUCCAUUGGAUGACUGGGCUGAGGAGAAGUUACUUGAUAUUUAUAUGCCGCCUAAUAUACAACUUAUGGCUAAGGAAAGAGGGUAUUUCAAGAAAACUGGUGAAAAAAUUUUGAAAUACGAAAAUAUUUUGUUUUCGGAUACCGAACCGAAUCAACAGAUAUUUAUUCAAGGGGAAGCAGGGUAUGGAAAAUCUACUUUUCUUGAAAAAUUGGUCAUGGACUGGUGUACUGAAACAUCAGAACAAUCAGCGUUGGAGACGGUGGAAGCUCUAAUACACAGAUUGAACUUGAAUACACAUAUGAAAUACUUUUAUGUCUUUGACGAUUUAAAGCCUCUUAAAGACUUCGCAUUUGUCUUCCAUGUAACAUUAAGAGAAUCAGUUUAUCAGGUGGAAAUCGAAAACAUGAUAAAUACACAGAUAGUUGACAGUAUAUACUCAUCUGAAAAAGAUCGUGGAAAGGCAUACAUACUACUAAAUGAGAUCAUGAAACGUGAACGUUGCUUGAUACUACUGGAUGGUCUAGAUGAAUGGACCGGUACAGGAGAUCGUCACAACCUGCCAACACUGGCCGACGUACACAGUCUUUGCGUUUUGUUGAUAACUACUCGACCUUGGAAGAUGACACAAGCGAAAAUACUUGACUCGCAGAUUUGCAAGCUGCUGCAACUUGAUGGAGUCGACAACGUGUUUGAUGUGAGCAGAAAAAUCCUGGGGUGUAGGACAGAUUUUAAAGAUGAACAAGAUUUAGACAAAAAACAAUCUGAAUUUGAAUCGUAUGUAUGGAAAUUUGACUUGUUAGAGCAUUUGUACUCACCAAUGAUGUUGUGUUUGAUUGUAUACUUGUGGACCAAAGGAACUGAGCUAAAAGGCUCUAAGUGUGAAAUAUACAGCCUCUUGCUCGAAUGUCUUUUCAAGAAGGCGAACACUGAAACGAGUGCAUUUCAAGAGCCGCCUUAUCGAUGCUUCACAGGGACGCAAUACAUACAACCCAAUAUUGAACAAAUGAAUAGACUUUCUAAAGCGGCAUUUUAUUUGCUGUUUUCAGAUACACAGGAAAAAUCUCUGGUAUUCAGCAUUACAGAACUAAAGAAAUUUAAUUUAGGUCUACUAGAUCAAGAGAACUUUGCACUGAAGUCCGGGAUUUUAUCAGCGACACGCGACGCAUCUGCAUUAAGAUCAUCGUCAUCAUUUUCAUUUAUUCAUAAGAGCAUUCAGGAAUUCCUGGCUGCUUGUCAUAUUGCAUGCAAUACCAAUCUGAUUGACGACGUCAUUUCCGGAUACCUCAACCGCCACGAGGGUGCAUAUGUGGACAUAUCACAGGUGUUCAUCUUUCUCUGCGGACUGAACAUGUCGGCUGCAAAUAAGCUUUCUUGCAUGAUGGAUGAACACGAUGUUGGUUGUGUGCAACCAAUGAUAUAUGGGCUUCAAGCCGUCAUAUUAGCAGGAUACAGAGAAGCUGUUGCCAAUCAGCAAAAGGAUAUUGUACUCAAACUCAGUGUGUACCAAUUAAAAUUUGAUAACGACAUACAAGACCUGCACAGCAUAUGGACAAUUAACAAGUCCAAUGUCCUGUCUAUGAGAUUUGAUAUUCCUGACAAACAGAGUUCACCAACAAGAUGCCAGUCUGUGUCUUAUGUUCAGUUUAACCUGUCAUCGUGCAUCAAGCUGAAAUAUUUGGUACUAAAUGGAAACGGCAUACUGCUAAGUGAUUGUGCAAGUACGUCAACAGCUGAACCUCUCGUCGGGAUUGUUCUAACAAGUGUAGAUCCAUCCCAGUGUGUAGAUCCUCCUCGAGUACUGCCCUCUAUAGAAGACAUUAGAAUAUGCAAUGUCACAUGUUCCUCCACCGGUCUACGCAGUCUGUUCGGCACGCUGCUAACUCUCGAUCACGUGGUGACGUGUGACCUGCGGAUGAUCUUUAUCGAAUGUGAAGGGGCAGCAAAAAUAGAACUAUGUGCAUUUAUACAUAAAGAUUUAAACAAUUCCUUCAACAUACAAACUAAUAAUGACAAUCCCUAUCUGUUUAAGGCUCUGCAUGGUCUAAAUAUCAAGAGUCUGAGUGCUAAGUGGGGAGUUUUUGACGGGUUUCAUGAAGAGUCGCUGUCGCAGUCACUAGCAUCGCUCACACAGCUGGAAACGCUUAGUAUUCAAGUGUGGUCUGGCAGUCCCGAACUGUGGAAGGCUCUGCAUGGUCUGAAUAUCAAGAGUCUUAGCAUUAUUGAAUAUUUGAACGUGGAUCAUGAUCCCGGGGUCCCCAUGAUAUUCUUCACCAUUGGCUCGAGCCUGGGCCAGAUCGUUGUGCCGAACCUGUAUGAGGUGUUCAUCGAGACCUUCGCCUUGUCGGGCGCGUUCAUCAUGGUGGCCGGCAUCUCUCUUCAGUGUUAA